UAAAAAAAGGAAUGAAGAAACAAAAAUUUAACAUUGGCGUCUCUGCUUUUUCCCACUCUCUCUCUCUCCCUCUCCCUCUGCUAGGGUUUCAGAGUCGCCGCGCUUCACUCAAACUCGUUCAAACUCGUUCCCUUCAUUCUUCUCCUUUCAUCGCCGCCGAUUCAACUCGCUACUAACUCGCCAUGGCAAUGGAAGUUACGCAGAUCCUCUUAAAUGCCCAAGCAGUGGAUGGUGCUGUAAGGAAACAUGCUGAAGAUAACUUGAAACAAUUCCAGGAGCAGAAUCUUCCAAGUUUCUUAAUUUCUCUUGCUGGGGAAUUGGCAAAUGACGAGAAGCCUGUGGAGAGUAGGAGGCUAGCAGGUUUAAUUCUCAAGAAUGCUUUGGAUUCAAAAGAACAACACAAAAAGAUAGAAUUUGUUCAAAGAUGGCUGGCUAUUGAUCCUACUUUUAAAGCCCAAAUUAAAGCACUUUUGUUGAGGACCCUAUCGUCUCCAUCUCAUGAUGCUCGAUCAACCGCAUCUCAAGUUAUAGCAAAAGUUGCUGGCAUUGAGUUACCUCACAAGCAAUGGCCUGAGUUGAUAGUAUCCCUCUUGUCAAAUGUUCAUCAGCUUCCUGCCCCCACUAGGCAGGCAACUCUCGAGACCCUCGGAUACAUUUGUGAAGAAGUAUCCCCGGAUGUGGUAGAUCAGGAUCAUGUAAAUAAGAUACUCACUGCAGUUGUUCAGGGAAUGAAUUCUACAGAACAAAACAAUGACGUAAGGCUUGCUGCCAUACAAGCAUUGUACAAUGCAUUGGGUUUUGCUCAGGCCAAUUUUUCCAAUGAUAUGGAGCGGGAUUACAUAAUGAGAAUUGUCUGUGAAGCCACUCUUUCCCCUGAAAUAAAGAUCCGACGGGCAGCAUUUGAAUGCUUGGUUGCUAUUUCUUCUACAUAUUAUGAAAAGUUGGCUCAAUAUAUCCAAGAUAUCUUCACCAUCACUGCCAAAGCUGUGAAGGAAGAUGAGGAGCCUGUUGCACUUCAGGCAAUUGAGUUUUGGAGUUCAAUUUGCGAUGAAGAAAUCGAUAUAUUAGAAGAAUAUGGAGGUGAAUUUAGUGGCGAUUCAGAAAUUCCUUGCUAUUAUUUCAUAAAGCAGGCACUUCCAUUUCUCGUUCCCAUGUUAUUGGAGACGCUGCUAAAGCAAGAGGAAGAUCAAGAUCAGGAUGAAGGAGCUUGGAACAUUGCUAUGGCUGGAGGUACAUGUUUGGGACUGGUUGCAAGAACAGUUGGUGAUGAUAUUGUGCCUCUCGUUAUGCCAUUUAUUCAAGAGAAUAUAUCUAAACCAGAUUGGAGGCAAAGGGAAGCUGCAACUUAUGCAUUUGGCUCCAUUCUGGAAGGUCCAUCCCCUGAAAAACUUGUGCCGCUUGUGAAUAUGGCUUUGAGCUUCAUGCUCAACGCUCUGACGAAUGACCCAAACAAUCAUGUGAAGGACACCACUGCAUGGACUCUUGGGCGAAUGUUCGAAUUUUUGCAUGGGUCAGCUUUGGAUACUCCCAUUAUUAAUCAAGGAAACUGCCAGCAGAUUAUUGCUGUGCUCCUUCAGAGCAUGAAAGAUGUUCCAAAUGUUGCUGAGAAGGCCUGUGGUGCUCUUUAUUUCCUUGCCCAAGGUUUUGAAGAUGCUGGAUCCGCGUCCUCUCCAUUGACCCCCUUCUUUCAGGAAAUUGUUCAGUCUCUUCUCACUGUAACUCACAGAGAGGACACUGGAGAGUCCCGCCUCAGAACAGCAGCAUAUGAAGCUCUGAAUGAAGUAGUGAGGUGUUCUAAUGAUGAUACGGCUCCAAUGGUCGCUCAACUGGUUUCUGUCAUCAUGAGAGAGCUUCACCAGACUCUUGAGAGUCAGAAUGUCUCAUCUGAUGAUAGGCAGAAUGAGUUGCAAGGCCUUCUGUGUGGUUGCUUGCAAGUCAUCAUUCAAAAACUAGGAUCGUCUGAACCAACAAAAUUACAUUUAAUGCAGUAUGCUGACCAAAUUAUGAGUUUGUUCUUGAGAGUAUUUGCUUCUCGAAGUGCAACAGCGCAUGAAGAGGCAAUGCUUGCCAUUGGUGCUUUGGCUUAUGCAACUGGCCCCGAGUUUGUUAAAUACAUGCAAGAAUUUUACAGGUAUUUGGAGAUGGGUCUCCAAAAUUUUGAGGACUAUCAGGUUUGUGCUAUCACAGUGGGUGUGGUAGGUGAUGUGUGCAGGGCUUUGGAGGAGAAAAUACUACCUUUUUGUGACGGGAUAAUGACCCAACUCCUUAGGGAUUUGUCUAGUAAUCAGUUGCAUAGGUCUGUAAAGCCUCCAAUUUUUUCAUGUUUUGGUGACAUUGCCUUGGCAAUUGGAGAAAACUUUGAAAAGUAUUUGCAAUUUGCUAUGCCUAUGCUCCAGAGUGCCGCUGAGCUCUGUGCUCAUACUAAUGGGGCUGAUGAUGACAUGACAGAGUACACAAACACUUUAAGAAAUGGAAUCCUUGAGGCAUACUCAGGGAUCUUCCAAGGAUUCAAAGGUUCCCCAAAGACACAGCUCUUGAUGCCUUAUGCUCAACAUGUACUGCAGUUCUUAGACAGUUUGUACAUGGAAAAAGACAUGGAUGAUGUUGUGACCAAGGCAGCAAUUGGCGUGCUUGGAGAUUUAGCGGAUACGUUGGGUAGUCCUGCUGGCUCCUUGAUUCAGCAAUCUGUAUCUAGCAAAGAAUUCCUGAAAGAGUGCUUAUCAUCUGAUGAUCAUUUGAUCAAGGAAUCUGCUGACUGGGCCAAGGUUACAAUCACUCGAGCAAUUUCAUAUUGAGGCCGCCGCUGCUGUUUCAUGGGUCAUAGUUCUUGCAUACAUCUGCAUUUGUUGCGUGGGAGUCUCAACUGCAUACCAUGAGUCGGGUCAUCACCAUUUUUGGGCACAGGUGUUUCGGUCAUUUGGCUGUCUGCAUUUCAUGUCAGAAAUAUGGAGUCUUCUUUUUUCAUUUUCAUUUUAUUUUUUACAUUUAUUAUGCAUUGCUAUGGAGGAAGUCGGUGGGUGAUGACCAUCUUUCUGCUAACUUGGCAGAAAAGAUACUGUAAGGAGAAACGGGGUCGAAUGAAGGAGAGCAGAAAAGGAGACAUCCCUAUGAUGCCAAUACUAUCAGUAUUGAGCUUUUUGAGUUUUUAUUUGAAAUGUUUGGAGUCUAUGGUGGUCCUUAAAUAUAUGACAUUGUCUUUUUCACUUUUACUAUUGGUUGUAAAGUGAAACAAUCAUCUUUAGUCCAUCUUGUGUUUUAAACACAGGUAAUGCAACAUAUUUUAGAAUUUCCUUGAA